AUGCAGGGCUUGGCGGCGACCACCACCCAUGGCUCUCUAGCCUUUCUCGCUCCUCCAAGGAACUAUAGUGUAAUUCCAAAGAAGUAUUUGAGAUCAAGAGUGUUCCUCCCCAAAUUAGACCCUUCCGCAAAAUUAAGAUUGUCAGCGAGCUCAAUCUCACUGAAAUGUCCCCGAGCGAUUGUUCCUCUUUCAGCAACUCCAUCAAUGGACUUUACAGAAGCAGCACCAUCCAACAAGCUCUUUGGUCAUGGCUUGCCACCAUUGGCUCCAAGUUUGAGAAGACGUCGUAAACCACUAGAGCCAGCGAGGGCAUUCAAAGACGAAUUCUUUAAAAUCAAACUCCCCAAAAUCGCAGAGAGACCUGAAUGGUGGUGGAGGACACUGGCCUGUGUGCCUUAUCUAAUAUCACUCCAAAUGUCUGACGUUGGUUUCUACGUGCAGCCUUUUCUAGAGAGGCACGACGCGAUCGGAGACAUGAUCUACUUCAUCCCUGGAGCGAUAACCAGAUGGCCGUCCUGGUUCUUCAUGGUCUACUGCUUCUUAGGUUACACGUGGGUGGUGAAGAACAAAAAUUUGCCUCAUUUCCUCAGGUUUCACAUGAUGAUGGGUUUGCUUUUGGAGACGGCGCUUCAGAUCAUAUCGUGCACGAGCAAUUUCUUCCCGCUGAUUCAUUACAAAGGAACGUUUGGGGUGUAUUACUGGAUGGUGCUCGGGUUCACGUACAUGUGUCUGCUUCUUGAAUGCAUACGGUGCGCUCUCGCUGGUGUCUAUGCUCAGAUUCCUUUCAUGACCGAUGCUGCUUCCAUUCACACUCUCUUUAACUUGGGUGGUUUUCAGAGACCACUCAGAUGA